GAAUCGAGGUUUGGCUCGGGCGGGGACGAGAAGCAGCGCUCGCGCGAGCGAGGAAGGCAGCCGGCGCGGGCGGGCGCGGCCUUUGUCUCCUCCUCCCGCGCGCUCGGCGGCGACACCCGCCCCAUGAGCCCGCGGCCCCCAGGCGCCCGGGCCGUCCGUAGCCCCUGACCUGACCUAUCCUUGCCAUGGCCGAGGCCGCCUCCGGCGCCGGGAGCACGUCCCUGGAGGGCGAGCAUGGCAAGAGGCCCCCGCCGGAGGGCGAGCCUGCAGCCCCGGCGUCCGGAGUUCUGGAUAAGCUUUUCGGGAAGCGGCUCCUGCAGGCGGGUCGCUACCUGGUGUCCCACAAGGCGUGGAUGAAGACGGUGCCUACAGAGAACUGCGACGUGCUGAUGACCUUCCCAGACACAACCGAUGACCACACGCUGCUAUGGCUGCUGAACCACAUCCGCGUGGGAAUCCCCGAGCUCAUCGUGCAAGUCCGCCACCACCGCCACACGCGUGCCUACGCCUUCUUUGUCACCGCCACGUAUGAGAGCCUACUCCGAGGGGCCGACGAGCUGGGUCUGCGCAAGGCAGUGAAGGCCGAAUUUGGCGGGGGCACCCGCGGCUUCUCCUGCGAGGAGGACUUUAUCUAUGAGAAUGUGGAGAGCGAGCUGCGCUUCUUCACCUCCCAGGAACGCCAGAGCAUCAUCCGCUUCUGGCUGCAGAAUUUGCGUGCCAAACAGGGAGAGGCGCUCCACAACGUGCGCUUCCUGGAGGACCAGCCAAUCAUCCCUGAGCUGGCAGCCCGUGGAAUCAUCCAGCAGGUGUUCCCUGUCCACGAGCAGCGUAUUCUGAACCGCCUCAUGAAGUCAUGGGUGCAGGCCGUGUGUGAAAACCAGCCUCUAGAUGACAUCUGUGAUUACUUUGGCGUGAAGAUUGCUAUGUACUUCGCCUGGCUGGGCUUCUACACAUCAGCUAUGGUAUACCCAGCUGUCUUCGGGUCUGUCCUGUACACAUUCACAGAGGUUGAUCAGACAAGCCGGGAUGUUUCCUGCGUGGUCUUUGCCCUCUUCAAUGUGAUCUGGUCAACACUUUUCCUAGAGGAAUGGAAGCGAAGAGGGGCUGAGCUGGCAUACAAGUGGGGGACGCUGGACUCACCUGGGGAAGCCGUGGAGGAGCCACGCCCCCAGUUCAGGGGUGUGCGCCGCAUCAGCCCCGUCACGCGAGCGGAGGAGUUCUACUACCCGCCUUGGAAGCGGCUGCUCUUCCAGCUGCUCGUCAGCCUCCCCCUAUGCCUGGCGUGCCUCGUCUGUGUCUUCUUGCUCAUGCUUGGCUGCUUCCAGCUGCAGGAGCUGGUGCUGAGCGUGAAGGGGUUGCCCCGUCUCGCCCGAUUCCUGCCUAAGGUCAUGCUGGCUCUGCUUGUCAGUGUGAGUGCCGAGGGCUACAAGAAGCUCGCCAUCUGGCUCAACGACAUGGAAAAUUACCGGCUGGAGAGUGCCUAUGAGAAGCACCUCAUCAUCAAAGUUGUCCUGUUUCAGUUUGUCAACUCGUACCUGAGCCUCUUCUACAUCGGUUUCUACCUCAAGGACAUGGAGCGCUUGAAAGAGAUGCUGGCCACACUGCUGAUCACCCGCCAGUUCCUCCAGAACGUGCGUGAGGUCCUGCAGCCACACCUGUACCGGCGCCUGGGCCGCGGCGAGCUGGGCCUGCGGGCCGUCUGGGAGCUGGUCCGGGCCCUGCUUGGCCUCCUGAGCCUCCGGCGCCCUGCGCCCCGCCGUCUCGAACCCCAGGCCGAUGAGGGCGGGGGCGGCGGCGGCGGCGCGGGGGGCCGCAGGUGCCUCAGCGGGGGCUGCGGGGCGCCGGAGGAGGAGGAGGAGGCAGAGGAGGAGGCGGCGCCGGUGGAGCGGCGGCGGGCGGGGGAAGGCGGGGAGGAGGGGGACGGGCCUCCCGGGGGCAAGGAGGAGGACGAGGAAGAUGACGAGGAGGAGGACGAGGAGGAAGAGGAGGACGAGGAGGAGGGCGAGGAAGGGGCCCUCCUGGACUGCGGGCUCCGGCUGAAGAAGGUCAGCUUUGCUGAGCGCGGGGCGGGGCGGCGUCGGCCCGGCCCAAGCCCCGAGGCCCUCCUGGAGGAGGGGAGCCCCACCAUGGUGGAGAAGGGGCUGGAGCCGGGCGUGUUCACCCUGGCCGAGGAGGACGACGAGGCGGAGGGGGCUCCCAGCAGCCCUGAACGGGAUCCCCCAGCCAUUCUGCUCCGCCGGCCCGGGGGCGAAGGUCGAGACCAGGGGCCCGAUGGGGGCCCGGACCCGGAGCCCGGCUCCAACAGCGACCCGACACGUAGGCAGAAGCGGCAGAACCGGUCGUCUUGGAUUGACCCACCCGAAGAGGAACACUCGCCUCAGCUCACCCAGGCGGAGCUGGAGAGCUGUAUGAAGAAGUACGAGGACACGUUCCAGGACUACCAGGAGAUGUUUGUGCAGUUCGGCUACGUCGUGCUCUUCUCGUCGGCCUUCCCCCUGGCAGCGCUGUGCGCCCUGGUCAACAACCUCAUUGAGAUCCGCAGCGACGCCUUCAAACUGUGCACCGGGCUGCAGCGGCCCUUCGGCCAGCGCGUGGAGAGCAUUGGCCAGUGGCAGAAGGUGAUGGAGGCUAUGGGUGUCCUAGCCAUUGUGGUCAACUGCUACCUAAUCGGCCAGUGCGGGCAGCUACAGCGCCUCUUCCCCUGGCUGAGCCCGGAGGCAGCCAUCGUAUCCGUGGUGGUGCUCGAGCACUUUGCUCUGCUCCUCAAGUACCUCAUCCACGUGGCCAUCCCCGACAUCCCGGGCUGGGUGGCCGAGGAAAUGGCCAAGCUGGAGUACCAGCGCCGCGAGGCCUUUAAGAGACACGAACGCCAGGCCCAGCACCGCUACCAGCAGCAGCAGCGCAGGCGGCGGGAGGAGGAGGAGCGACAGCGCCACGCGGAGCACCACGCCCGGCGAGAGCACGAUGCUGGUGGCCGGGAGGAGGCGAGGGCCGAGGGCUCCGGGCUGGACCCCACCACCUCCUCCGAGAAGGCCUCUGCCAAGGCCAAGGGCAGCGCUGCAGGUGGCCACGGGCCUGAACGGCCCAAGCGCCCAGGCUCCCUGCUAGCGCCCAACAACGUCAUGAAGUUGAAGCAGAUCAUCCCACUGCAGAGCAAGUUCCUCUCAUCGGGGGCCACAUCCUCACUGGCCGCUGCAGGGGCCGGGGCCACCGCCCGGCCUCCCCCUGCCCAGUCGCCCACGGGCAGUGACACCCGCCUGCCCGCCUUCCUCAGCUUCAAGUUCCUCAAGUCGCCCGAGACCCGGCGGGACUCUGAGCGCAGCCACUCGCCGCCCAAAGCCUUCCACGCCAGCAAGCUCUUCCCCUUUGGUGGCACCCGGGCUGAGCCUGGGUCCAACGGGGCGGGCGGGCAGGCCCGGACAGACGGGACCCCCAGCAGUGGCAGCAGCCGGGUUCAGAGGAGUGGGCCGGUGGACGAGGCCAUGGUUGAGGAGCUGGAAGCCCCCCGGCCCGAAGAGGAAGGCUCAGGGACAGCGCUGGCCCCCGUGGUCGCCCCUGCCCUCCGUACGCGCCGCAGCCGGAGCCCCGCGCCACCGCCGCCAAUGCCGCUGCCCCGGCCUCCGACGCCGCCCGCCGGCUGCUGGCAGUGGGAUGGGCCCUGGGGCUGCGGGGGCGAGGGCGCCGCCCCUCGCCAGACCCUGGCCGCCGCCGAGUGCCCGCCCUGUGCCAUGGCCGGGCCCCCACCCGCCCCCCCGCCCCUGCCGGGGGACGCCAGCUUUUACAGCCUCCCGCCCCCACCGCUGCCGCCCACCUCGGAGCCCCCCGAGACCCCAGCGCCCUCACCCAGCCCCAGCCCCAGUCCCCAGGCCGUGUGCUGGCCCAGCGGCUGGCAUUAGCUCUGCCCGCCCUGCCUUCUCUUCUCAUAUGCAAUAUCAGUCAUUCACAGGGGCAGCCGGCCCCCAAAAUGCAAGAUGCGCUUCAGCCCCCACGGCCCCAGUAUUGGCCGGCGCCCCCCAUCUGCCGUUUUCCUUUCGACCAGGAUGAGGGAAUUGAAAGGAAACCCACAAAACCAACAGAAAACACAAACACACACACACGCACACACAUACAGAAUAGGCGAUUAUUUAUUUGUUUUUAAUUUAUUUUGUCAUAUUUUUGUAAAACGGCAGAAAUGCAAUAAAAAGUAUAUUUCAACAGUGCCCGAGGUCAGAGCGGUGGAAAAGGGGGUGGGGGUGGGGGGAGUCUGAGUGGCUGGGGCCUGGGUUAGGCGUCACCCUCCCCCUAUCCUGGUACAGGCUGGCUUGACCCGUGGGGGCCUCCUCCCAAAAACUGGGUCUCGGUCACAGAUGGAAAACUCCAGGCUGUGCCGCCUCUGAGACGGCCCAGAUUUGGAGGCCAACUUCAGUUCUGGCUUCAGCCACUAGACAAAGGAAGAAAUCUCAAAGUGCUGAAAAGAGGCGGUAUUAUGUGCACGGGCCAGGUCCUGAAUAAGCCUCCUUCUCAAAGAGGGACAAGGCAAAGACUCGCCUUUUUUGGCACACCCACCUCCCAGAACGUCAUCUGGGGGGAGCCAGGGCCGGCGGGAAGAGCUUAUGGCAUGAACAUCGGAAGGCACCUGAGCCCCGUGCGGUCCCCAAGUUGCAAUACUGAGGGAACAGCACAUUUGGGUGUUCCUGGAACAGACACAGGGUGGUAUUGGGACGAAGUAGGGAUGUCCCACUGUGCAAUGGACGUCAGACUCAAGUCACUGGGACUCUGUCUUAUGACUCAGGAACAGGACAUGGCCUCUCAGACCCUCGCG